UCAGGAUUGGGCUGCUCACAAAAUUGCGGAGAUGGAAAUCAUGUUACGGGCUGAGAGAGAGAGGAAUGACGGGUUGGAGGGCAUAGUGCGGGCCGAGAGAGAGCGGGCUGACAGCAUGGAGCAGCGCAUACGACAGUUUGAUGCUAUGGAGCAGCGCAUGCGACAUUUUGAGGCCUUCAUGUCCUCUACAGGAUUAUCGUUCGUAUGCCCUAGUGCUCAGCAGUCUUCACCUGCACACGUAGGUAGUACGUCAUCUGUUAGUAGUGCGCCUGCAGGUAAUGCGACAACGGUUGGUCCGUUGUCGCCUUCUGGACAAUUGCUGAGCCAACAAUCCCCUCUCGGGACUCCAUCGCCCGUUACACCAUCUCUUGCGGGACAAUCGACAGUUGGCGAGGUCACGCCCGGGACUGCACCUCGUGAUCCGCAGCGACGUCCUCCAGAUUUGUAGAUAUUUUGUGUAUUUUUUUUU